UAGAGAUGGAAAGCUUAGUGUGCCUAUCCCUCCAGAAUUUCGUGCACCAGUAGGGGACUAUGCCUCAAAACUAGCCUCAAAGAUUGGUGUAGAAGUGCGAACUCGUUUACCAGAUCCAAGUGUUCGUAGGUGGAAGUAUGUUGAUGCCUCCGUUAAGGAGGCGAUGUUUCAACGCUUGAAUGAUCAAUUUGAUUUACAAGGAGACCCUGUUGAUAUAGAGAAGGCAAUGAACACAAAAUUUGGUCGGAGAUUGAGUAACCAUACCUAUAGGCUGCACAAACAAUUCAUGGAGCUGAAGGAGGCUAAAGGGGAGGAGUAUGCAAGAAACCACCCACCAAAGAAUGUCGAUCCUACCAAGUGGAUAGAUCUUAUUGAUAAAAAGUGGAACACUAAAGAAUUUCUGGAACAAUCAAAGGCCAACAUCUCGAAUAGAGAAAGGAUGUAUACAAAACAUAGGUGUGGUUCUAGGUCAAUCCCUGUUAGAGUAGAAAAACUGGCACGGGAAAAGAAGAUGCUACCUGAUCUAGCAGAGUUGUACAAGGAAACUCACUAUAAUGAGAAAACACAUGAGUGGAUCUCAUCUCAAGCUCAGUGUAAUUAUGAAAAUAUGAUAUAGACACAGGCUGAUCACCUCUUACAGUCGGGAUCAACCCCUUUGACUGCAGAAGAGCUAUCAAUCAAAGUCCUAAAGCCAAGGUCUGGCUAUAUGAAGGGACUUGGCAUGAGACCUUCAUCCUCUAUUAGGAGAGCCACUACCAUAUAUGCUGAAACAAAUGAUUAUGUGAAGCGCCUUGAGAUGCAAAUAGAGACACAAAAGGAACAAAUACAAAUGCAGAACAAUAAAAUAGAAGAUCUUGAAGAGGGUAAGAAGAAGCAAGGG